CUUACAUAAAUUAUGAUAAGGAAUUUUAUAUUAUAUUACAAUGACAAUGGCCGAAGGGUCAACGAGAUGGGGUACCUGGCAAUCAGCUCCCCUGGUAGUUUUCUAAGGUGAAAUAAAAGUUUGUUUCUUUUCAACCAAUGUUCUUGGAAAGGUUAUAUGGCAAGUAACCUAUAUCCAUCAUUGUCGACAAAUUGUGGAAGAGAAAAAUUGUAGAAUUAGGUGUUGAGAAUUGUCCAAUCCAGGCAACCACCUUGAAAGCGCGUGAAAGCAUCACCAUUCACAUUGGUUUUUCAGCCACCAAGCUAUGUAUCAAUUUAAAGAUCAUGUAGCUACUCUUUGCUCUUGUAUCCCAGAGUCAUGGAAAAUCCAGGCUUCAAUUUCCUUUCAGUUUUGUUGAUACAAUGUUUCAUAGGCUGCCUAGCUGCAUCAAACCUCACCACAGAUCAAUCUGCACUACUCGAAUUCAAAGACAGCCUUAAUCCCAACACUGUAUUAGCAAACAAUUGGACCACUUCGACCUCUGUUUGCAACUGGGUUGGUGUUUCAUGCAGUUCCAACCCUGAAAGAGUAACCUCCUUAGAUCUUCACGACAUGAAUCUUACAGGAACUGUUUCGGCCCACCUUGGGAAACUCUCUUCCCUCAUCUCUCUCGACUUGAGUGGCAACGAUUUUAGAAGCUAUCUACCUUCGACAAUUUAUAACUUGUCUUCUUUGCAAACCAUAGGCUUAACAUCUUGUGGUCUAUCCGGUGAUCUGCCAGAUGAUCUUUGUCAUUAUUUUCCCAAGCUUGAGGUUCUUCGUUUUGAUUUCAAUGAGUUUUCUGGAAGUGUCCCUUCAAGUUUAGGUGACUGUACCAAUCUUCAAAACUUGUCGUUGUCUUCUAAUAGAUUCAAUGGAUUCAUUCCAAGAAGUAUUGGGAAUUUAACCAUGCUCAAGGAAGUACAUCUGGGUGGAAAUAGUUUACAAGGUGAAAUUCCAUGGGAAAUAGGUAAUCUUCUUAAUUUGGAGAUAUUUGCCGCAGAAAAUAACAGGGGCCUUACUGGUGGAAUUCCACCUUCCAUGUUCAAUAUUUCUUCGUUGACAAAACUUAUUCUCUUCAACAACAGUCUAUCCGGUGGUUUACCAGAUGAUAUGUGUAAUCAUCUUUCCAAACUUGAGGUGCUUCAUUUGUCUUUGAAUGAUUUUACUGGUCAUAUUCCAUCGAGCAUAGGUGAAUGUAGCAAUCUCCAAAAUUUAUCACUAUCAGUUAAUCGAUUCAAUGGGACCAUUCCCAGAAGUAUUGGAAAUUUGACUAGCCUCAAACGGCUGUCUCUGCGUGAAAAUGAUUUAACAGGUGAAAUCCCAUGGGAAAUUGGGAAUCUUUACUCAUUGGAGAUAUUGGCUGUGCAGCAUAUGCGUCUAACUGGUCCCAUUCCACCUUCCAUCUUCAACAUCUCUUCUUUAGUAGAAAUUUCUCUCAACAACAAUAGUCUAUCUGGUGAAAUACCAUCUACAAUCUCAAUUACAAAUCUUGAGGUGCUUAGACUAUGGGGAAAUCAUCUCAGCGGCAAUAUUCCUAAUUUUAUCUCCAAUGCUUCUAAGCUCAAAGCCUUAUUACUAGAUAAAAACUCAUUCUCUGGUCUUAUCCCGAAUACACUUGGCAAUUUAAGAUUCCUUGAGCGGCUGGACCUUGCAUCUAAUAAUUUGAUUACUGAAACUUCAACACAUGAGUGGAGCUUUCUCUCUUCUUUGGCAAAUUGCAGGAAUCUAAGAUAUUUAGCAGUAUCAUUUAAUCCGUUGAAGGGCAUUCUUCCAACUUCUAUAUCAAAUCUGUCAACAUCUCUUCAAUAUUUCUUUGCCUCAGGUGUCAAUAUUUCAGGUAGCAUUCCUAGGGAAAUUGGUAACUUAAGCAAUAUUACAAUUUUUGACCUUUCCUAUAAUGAAUUGAGUGGAUCUAUUCCAGCAACAAUAGGAAGGUUACAAAAUAUCCAGGGUUUGUAUCUUGAUGGUAAUCACUUACAAGGGUCUAUUCCACCAAGUAUCUGUGAUUUAGAGAGAUUAGAUACCCUAUCAUUAGGUGGCAACUUGCUCCAUGGCCCUAUACCAACUUGUUUGGCGAAUUUGACUUCUCUGAGGUAUCUUUAUUUAGACUCCAACAAAUUGAAUUCAAUAAUACCCUUAACCUUUUGGAGUCUUAAUAAUAUCUUAGCGGUAGACUUGUCCUCAAAUUUUGUGAAUGGUUCCCUUCCACUAGGCAUUGAGAAUCUGAAGGUAUUGACACGUUUGAAUUUGUCAAGAAAUGUGUUCUCGGGUUCAAUCCCAAUUUCAAUUGGAAAACUCCAGGAUCUGCUUUCUCUAGACUUAUCCAAUAAUAGAUUUGAUGGCCAUAUUCCUGAAUUAUUUGGCGAUUUGAUAAGUUUGGAAUCCUUGGAUUUAUCCAACAACAAUCUCUCUGGAGUCAUUCCCAAAUCUUUGGAGGGACUUUCCUUUCUCAAUCAUUUUAACGUGUCUUUCAAUAGACUAGAAGGAGAAAUCCCUACUGGAGGACCCUUUAGAAACUUCUCAGCUAAAUCAUUUAUGGAGAACUAUGGACUUUGUGGUUCACCUGCUCUACAAGUUCCACCUUGCAAAAGUAGACAAUCGAAGAUGACUCCUCUGAAUGUUUUGAAAUAUGCUUUACCUGUAGUCACUUCAAUAAUACUAAUAGCCGCCUUCAUUAUUGUCCUCAAAAGAUGCCGAAAAAGAAGAAGAAAUCUUCCAGUUGAAGAAGAUUUAUUGCCUCUGGCAAUAUGGAGAAGAACUUCCUAUAAUGAACUUCUACAAGCAACAAACAGAUUUGAUGAAUGCAACUUGCUUGGUUCAGGGAGUUUUGGGUCUGUGUAUGUAGGAACACUUUCAGAUGGGAUGAAUGUUGCAAUAAAAGUGUUCAAUAUGCAGUCAGAGGGUGGAUUCAAGAGUUUUGAUGUUGAAUGUGAAGUAAUGCGUAAUAUUUUUCAUCGUAAUCUUGUGAAGGUCAUUAGUUGUUGCUCUAAUGUUGAUUUCAAAGCCUUAGUGUUCGAGUUCAUGCCUAAUGGGAGCCUUGAGAAAUGGCUAUAUUCCUAUAACUAUUUUCUCAAUAUCCUACAAAGAAUUGACGUAAUGAUUGAUGUUGCAUCAGCACUAGAAUACCUACAUUUUGGCUGCUCAGUACCUGUGAUUCAUUGUGACUUAAAGCCAAGUAAUAUACUGCUAGAUAGAGACAUGGUCGCGCAUGUUGGAGAUUUUGGCAUUGCCAAACUCUUGGAAGAAGAAGAUUCCACAAAACAAACCAUGACACUUGCCACUUUUGGGUAUAUGGCACCAGAAGAAGGAAAGAUGGUGGUCAGUAAGGAACUGACAAUCUGUAUUUUUGGCCAUGACUAUCCGAGCCGUAAUGGUUUCUCAUGUGCUGUAUGCAAAUAUAAUGGGUAGCAUUCACACAACUCUGGUUUACUUCGAGCUAUUCUUGGAUUUGUUCGUUGGGUACUUCUUUGCAAUGGACUGGAAACUCAGAAUCUCGAAAAGAGAAUCAAUAAGCAGUGGUGUUCCUGGCAAAAUGUGAAAUGGGCAAUCAAAAAAUUGAAUGCUGGAAACGGCUGGUGCUGGAAGUAAUAACUUGACGGUCAUCACAUCACAAAGAAGUUUCAAGUUCAAAUCCUCUCUGUCCCAACUGUUCCAAGAAAACAAGUUCAAACCUGUUAUAGACAAAGUAUCUGGGAGUGAAAGUUGAUAGUGAUUACAAAGUUUUACUGUAUGUAGCUAGAGGGAUCUGAAAAUUUUCUAAAUUCCUCUCUGGUGUUGAAAGAAAAUUCGAAGGUGUUCUUCUGCCUUCUGUAUACAAGUUGUAAAACCUGUUUUGUAUUCUGAUUGAAUUGAUGGCAAUUGACAGUUUCUGUUCCUGGCUUUCUAUUUUUUUCCCUUUGCUUUUACAUCGUCUAUCAGCCUUUGGUACUGAAUUAUAUGCCUUAUUUGGCCAGACUUAACGUGGCAUAGUCGAUCUUAAGCCUUCUGUAAAUUUUAUAUGUUGGGCCAAUCAGAACUUUAGCAGUUGACAUUGCUGGCUCUCAAUUCUGAAUAAAGAACACGUGCUUUUUCUU